UUUCUUUUGUUUACUUAGAAUCUUCAGUUGCAUACACUAAUAUUGCACAAUGGAAUACGACCCAAAAACCCCGCAGUAUCUCACUUCCGAUCAGUCCAGCUUUGCCUCCGUCUCGGCUCGUGAGCGCUGGCCGGUCAUCCUGACGGGCGCCAUUGAUGACCUGCACCGCACCGUUAGCGAAACAACCGAUGAGGAGAAACGGCGGGAAGGAAAGGAAAUCACCGAGAAGCUUGCGGCAUUCAAGUAUGAGCUGCAGCAUAACAGACAAUUGACCCCCCUUCCCGACGACGGCCAACCCGAUAUCGCAGACUACAACAAGGAGCUCGAACAACGAGGGAACCCGGCGUGGCACGAUGUCUCGUGGCUAUACUCGGAAUGCUACCUCUACAGACGUUUGAGUACCCUUUUCUCGCUCUCCAAGCACUGGAAGGGAUAUGACGUGUUCGCCCGGCAGAAGCUCUCCACCUUCAAGUCGUCUCGUCCGGCUGUUCUCGAGCUGGCCGCCCGAUACAAGGAGCUGGCCACGGAAGCCGAGAAGGGCAACGAGGGCGGGCGCACCGCGGAGCAGGUCGAGCAGGCGGAGCGGGUGCUCUUCUCGGAGAUGUGCGAGAUCUGCCUCUGGGGCAACGCCACCGACCUUUCCCUUCUUACCUCGCUCACCUACGAAGACAUCCAGAAGCUUCAGGGCUCCAAGGCGCGCAAGGCCGCCGAGGAGAACAUCCUCGUCAACGAUCUCGAUGCCGCCUUCGACGUGCUGCAGCGGGCGCGGCGCGAGCGCAAGACCCACGAGCGGCGCGUCGAUAUCGUCCUCGACAACUCCGGCUUCGAGCUGUUCGUCGACCUCAUCCUCGCCGGCUACCUGCUCUCCGCGGGCCUGGCCACGACCGUCGUCCUCCACCCGAAAGUGAUCCCGUGGUUCGUGUCCGACGUCACCCCGCCGGACUUCAUGGCCCUCAUCAACGCCCUCGCCGACGCCCAGGGCUUCUUCACGGCCCCCGACGACUCCGGCCGCAGACACGACCCGCUCUCCGAGAAGGAACUGUCCGAGGUGACCUUCCUCUUCGACCACUGGAGCCACCUCCACGCCGAGGGCAAGCUCAUCAUCCGCCCGCACCCCUUCUGGACCCUCCCCGGCGGAUACUGGCGCAUGCCUGCCCUCGCCCCGGAUCUCUACGAGGAUCUCCAGCAGAGUGAGCUCGUUCUCUUCAAGGGUGAUCUCAACUACCGCAAGUUGACCAAUGAUUCCACCUGGGACCCAACCACCCCCUUCACCACCGCCAUCGGGCCCCUCGGCCGCCCCGACUCCGGCCUCCGCGUCAUGGCCUUCCGGACCUGCAAGGCGGACGUCGUGGUCGGUCUCCCUGCCGGCGUGGACGAGAAGCUCCGCGCCCUGCCGGAAGGCGGGGGCUCCGCGGCACGCAAAUGGGCCUGGAGCGGCAAGUGGGCUGUUGUCUCAUUUAGUGAUGGCAAGCAAGGCUCGAAAUAAACCAUGUCAGUGGAAUGUAGAUAAAUGAGAGGGAUCGAUGGAUAGAUCGAUGAAAUCAAUAGAUAGACGCUGCAAUUUUCCGGAUAUUGAUAGCCGAUAUACAAUUCGC